AUGUUCACAGGUCUCGUAGAGACAGUCGGGACGGUGACCGCGCUCACAGCGCUCGACCCUUCGACGUCCGGAGGCAACGGGACGUCCCUAACCAUCUCCGACUGCUCAUCCAUCCUCUCGGACGCGGCGCUGGGCGACUCGAUAUCGGUCAACGGGACAUGCUUGACCGUGACCGAGUUCGACAGCCAGAGCUUCAAGGUCGGCGUCGCGCCCGAAACGCUCCGGCGCACGAACCUGGGCAGCCUCAAGGAAGGCAGCCCCGUCAACCUCGAGCGCGCCGUGUCGGCGACGACGCGGAUGGGCGGACACUUUGUGCAGGGCCACGUCGACACCGUCGCCGCCGUGGUGUCGGUGACGCCGGACGGGAACGCGCUGACGUUCAGGCUGAGCCCGCGCGAGAAGAGCGUGCUGCGGUACAUUGUGGAAAAGGGAUACAUCACGCUCGACGGCGCCAGCCUGACCAUUACGAAAGUCGACGACGGCCAGGGCUGGUUCGAGGUCAUGUUGAUCGCCUACACCCAGGAGCGGGUCGUCAUGGCCAAGAAGCAGCCCGGCGACGACGUCAACGUCGAGAUCGACAUUGUGGGUAAACUCGUCGAGAAGAGCGUUGUGGGAUACUUCGAGGGUACGGUAGGCAGCAAGGAAGGCGCCCCGGCGAUACUGGAGAAGAUCGUCGGGCGACUGGUUGAAGAGAAGUUGAAAACGGUUCAGCAGCAGCAGUCAUGA